AUGGGAAACUCAAACAGUAAUCGAUCAUCUUUGGAAAUGAAACGUUUGGAAGAAAUAACUGGUAUAAAACGGCAAAGUUUUUUGGAUAUGCAUGAAGAGAGUAAACGUAAACAUGGAAGCGAAAAUCCAGUCCUUGUAAGUAGGGCAGAUUGUCGUCAUUUCAUCAAUCAGAUGGGUGUCGGUUUUGAUAAUCAAAAGCAAGUGGAUGUCGCACUUGGAAUUUUCGAAGAAGAUGGCAAACUCUCCACCGAACAGCUUUUCUCUUGUGUAGUUAUGCUGAGCGAAACAAUGGAUGGUGCUGCUCGACUCGCAUAUGUUAUCGAUACACAUAAUCCAAAAGGUGCAGAUCAUGAAAAUGUUUCACGUAAAUAUGGACAGAAAGUCAUACAAUGCAUCAAUGAAUUCUAUGGUAUCAAGAAAGUUGAUCAACCUGAAGAGGUCUGGCUUGAAAUCUGUGGUGGAACUGAUAAAGCGAAAGUGACAAGAGAAGAAUUCGUCAAAUAUAUGACGUCCAAUGAUCCCUAUCAAGAUUUCUUAGUUUGA